ACACCCAUGCAAACAAACCAAGAAUCCAAGCUUGUUUGCUUAAUUAAAAAAAAAAACCCCACACCCACGCACAUAACCCAUCACAUCCUCUCCUCAACCAGUUUGUAAUCCAACAAACCACCCCCAUACACGAGAAGCACCUCUCCCUCUCUAUAGGCCCCUGCCCCAUUCCCUCUCCCUCCCUCCCUCCCUCUCUCUCUCUCUCUCUCUUCCAAAACAAAGCUUCACUAUCAAUGGCGUAAGAAACAACCAAAGCAAAGCUUGCGUGCCAGAAACCAUUGAAAAAUCGCAACCUCAGGAGAUUUAAAUAACAAAGAUUAAAACCCAUAUCCAAAAAAACUUUAUCUUCUCCUGAAAAUUUUGAAAUUUUUCACACUGAUACAGUAGAAACAGAGGAAAAAACAGAGUCAAUCAGUGGGAGAGACAGAGGGAGAGAGAGACCAGAACGGUGUCGUUUUGGGCUCGUGGCACAUGCUAAUGAGAAGUAGCCAGCAUUGUGGGAAUUGUCAACCUGGGAAAGCCGGGAGAGCAUCUGUUGGAGGGUAUUUUCGACUGCAUCCAUGAAAUCACGACGGCUCUGGCUUUCUCUGCUGCUAAUAGGAUGAGCGAUUCAGCUUACAGAGUCGAAACCACGUCGCGCCUCGCCCAAUGGAGAAUCGACAACUUGUCUUCCUGCACAUACCGAAAGUCCGAUCCUUUCAAGAUUGGCAAGUGGAAUUGGCACUUAUCUGUGGAGAAGAACAGAGUGUUGUUUGUUAAAUUGUAUCCAGAGAUAUCGAAUUUCACGAGAGAGAAUCCGCCGAUUGCUUCGUUUAUUAUUCGAGUGGUGUGUUCUGUUGGUGAUCGAAAGGCCUUAACUCAUCCAGAAGUUACAAACAAAAAGCUCAAAAGCAAUGAUGAUUUUGUUUGGGCUAUUGAGGUUCCCUUAACUGGAAAAUUCAUCAUCGACGUUGAAUUCCGUGAUUUGAAGACUGCGUCCGGAGAGGGUGGAGAACCUUGCUCCAUUUGGGCUGGAGGAUCAACGCAAAAACAAUCAAAUGCAACUGCUCUUGCGUCCCUGAGUCGAAUGUUAACAGAAGGCAUCCACACGGAUAUCAUGAUUAACGUGUCUGAUGGAAGCAUCGGAGCUCACCGGGCAAUUCUUGCUGCUAGAUCACCUGUUUUCCGGAGCAUGUUUUCGCAUGACCUCAAAGAGAAAGAACUGUCUACCAUAAACAUCUCCGAUAUGUCAAUUGACGCUUGUCAGGCUUUUCUUAAUUACAUUUAUGGAAACAUAGGACAUGAAGAAUUUCUGACCCACAGGCUGGCACUUCUCCAUGCUGCUGAUAAGUACGACAUCUCUGACCUGAAAGACGCCUGCCAUGAAAGUCUUUUGGAAGACAUUGAUACAAAGAAUGUGCUAGAAAGGCUCCAAAAUGCAUCUCUAUACCAGUUGCCUCAAUUGAAAACCAGCUGCAUGCGGUAUCUUGUGAAGUUUGGGAAGAUAUAUGACAUCCGAGAUGAUUUCAAUGCUUUCUUGCUAUGCGCAGACAGGGACUUGAUAGCAGAAGUCUUCGGCGAAGUUCUUGGUGCCUGGAAAGGUUUCUGAAGUCUGCAAAAAUUAAAGAAGUCAUAAGCGUGGCUUCAUAUCUGUCCUACCUAUAAAUAUGUGGAUUGCUAGUAAAAUUAGUGUCCAGGAUUUGUUGUCAUGAUGAUUCUUUAGUGCAGAUUGAAUUUUUUUUAUGUCUUCAUGUACGUAUAUAUUGGCUCUGAACUGAUGACAUAGGAGUCGUCAUCCGUGUUACAGAAACAUAAAUUCUUGGAUUCAACAAUGAAAUUUGAAUGAUUUAUAUCU